GAAGCCAAAAGCCCAGGGUUGUGCGCGAAAACUAACGGAACUUAUGAAAAAAUACUUCACGUGGUAUUGAAAAAUUUGUUGUAACUUUUCUUUGUGGAAAUCCAGAAAAUAUUUAGAAUGCGCGAACGCGAAAAAAGAGCACUGUGGGAGGAAAUGGUAUACCAAUGUGGUGGAAUCUUCUCGGAUGAGGAAUUGUUUAAGUUUCAUAAGAGGUUCUUAAGGAGUUGGGACACUUGUGAAUCCGUAGUAAUGGUGAAAAAGGAAGAUUUAAUGGAACCACUACGAAAGCGUCUAGUGGCGGCGCCAGCAUCGGAAAAAAAUAAAUCGAGAUCUGCGUUGACUGGAACUAAGCGUCGUUUUAGCCAUCAUCAGGAACACUCCGAUGAUUCUGAAGAAUCACUACCUUUGGCUGUUUGGAAAAAACGUGCAAACAAUAAAGAACAAAGGCCAACAGAAUCUCACGUUGCUCAUGUGCCCAAAGCUAAACGGAGCCUUGGUCGUCCCUCAGAAAGUGCCAGGCUUCCGGAGCCGCAAAAUGGUGACAUGUCAGAAGCAGCUAAAACGAUUGCCAAAUUUACUAAGAGUCAGGAAAGGUUCCGUGCGAGUGUGCCAGUCGACGAGGAAUUGGAGCGGUUCAGAAAGGCAAAUUUGGAUGCGUUGGUGGCAGAGAAGAGAAUAGAGCAAAAUGCGGAGAUGAAAGCACAGCGCUUAGCAGUGGCGCAACGGAAAUCAAAGAACUCUGCCGUAAAAGUUAUCGAUGAAGUGCAAGCAGCGCAUAUUGCACCGGGGGUAAUUGAUUUGUCACCACCUAAAGAAUUGCCGAAGAAGGAUACCCGUAAGAUGCCAGGUGACAGCAAAAAGAUUGCUGAGAGGAUCAGACCAAUUACCCAAGUACGCCCACCGGGGGUAAUUAAUUUGUCACCAGCUACAGAAAUGCCAAAGAAGGAUACCCGUAAAAUGUCAGGCGACAGCAAAAAGAUUGCUGAGAGGAAUGGACCAAUUAUCCAUUUGAAUGAUUCGGUGCAACAAAAAGUGGGCGCACCUUUGAUGUUAACUUCCAUACGCUUUGAUCAUACCUAUAAUCUGGCUCCAACUACAGACGACAAGAAUUUGCAAACGAAACAACAGAAAUAUAAUGAUACGGCAGGUGUAACCAAUGAUAUUGAAGUUGAAGAGCUUUUAAUAGACGAUGCUUUGGAAAUGACUACUCCAAUUACGGAAGUUAAUAUGGAUUUAUGUGAAAUCUUGGAAAAUGAUUUGGUGAGUGAAAUUGAAAUAUUCACGAAUGGGGAUAACGCUCAACUCGAUAUGCAUGUGGAUAAUGGAAUAGAGCUCUGGUUACGGGAUAUCGAUACCGAAAUGCCAGAUAAAUUGGAUUAUGAAUUAAAUGAAAAACAAGACAAAAACAUUCCAAAUUGCAUAGAUGCAAUUAAUUCAUUAACUGACGAUAUGCCGCCAUUAGUGUUCGAAUCAAGCGGAAAUAACGACACAUUAAAUGAAUUGGGACAUUAUGAUGAACAGCAAAAUGAGCCGCCAAAUUUUGAGAACAUUUUAAUUAAUCAGUUAUCUAAUAAUAGUACAUUAUUGGAACUAAAAGCAGAAUCAGACAUACAUAAUCAUAAUAAGGAGGAAUUCCUAUUGGAGGAUCAGUUGGCAACGUCGUUGAAAUCAAAGGAAACUACAGUAAACAAGACUCCAUUGGAGCUGGAAGCCUCUGAAAACAAUGAUCUAAGCUAUGAUUACGAAGAUGAUGAUGUGCUGUCAGUGGCUGCCUCCUGUUAUGACUUAGAAGAUUUGAUAAAUGAUGAACCAGCAGUAAAAAAAGUGUGCCAGCAGCAGGAUGAAAAGAAGGAAAAAAUAGAUCUACAGAAACUAAAAGAGCAGCCAAAGGUUAUGCAAUCCCUAUAUAAGGCGUCCGAGAUUAAACCUAAACCUAAACCUAAACCAGUUGCAGUUGCGAAAAAUCUGGAACCACUUGCAGAAGCUGCAAAACCGGAACCAAUUGAAAAUCCACAAGAUGAAGUUAAUAUAAAACGUGCCCAGGCCUUGGCUGCCCGUCGUCCAUCCGUUAAUUGUCCUGUAUUUGCUCCACCCUAUCGGCUGCCACAAGUGCCAAAUACUAAUGAUAAUAUAGCGUGUGUAUCCACUGACAAUUACAAUGCCACGAAUCUUGGAAUAUUCGGCAUCAAGUGUUGGCCAAAUUUGGACCUUGAUUGCCAGAAAGUGGAUUGUCAUCAUGAAGCUCCAAACAUUCCCGAAGUCGUCAGACGUCUAAUGCGUCUCGAUGAGAGCGAGUUGAUCACCAGCUACGAGGCAAUCAGAGAAAGCAGCGUUCUUUUUCAACAAUACAUAACGCACUUUGCCGAUAUAUUUGCCAACCGUCGCAUGUUUAGAUGCUUACUUCAAACGAUUGUAGAUUGUCGUCUGUAUAAAGAAUUCAUCGCCCCUUGUUUGCUCCACCUUUAUACGGCUUUUAAGCAAUUUGGAAAGGAAGCCGAGGGUCUGAAAUGCAUUAUGCAACAUCUUUGGUUGCCGAGCAAGGCAAUUAAGUUUAAAGAAUUGACCGAAGCCAUUUUGAAUAUUUUGUCGUCGGCCAAUUGGUCAGAUUAUGCGACAGAAUUAACGGAUUUGUUUAAGACCCAUCACUUUCCCAUGCCAAAUGAUUUUAUGACAGCUAUUGUAAAAUCGGCCUUGAUGAAGAGAGAAUUAUUGCAGUUGGCUUUACAGUUGGUGCUGUUACGACGCGUCGAUGGAGUCCAUGACAAGGCCCUUAUUGAAACGCUAAAAAUGAUAGCUAACAGCGAUGGCACUUCGCAACUAGAAUCUACGACUAUCACAGCAACGUCUGAGACAUUGCAGCAGCAACCUAAUAGUAGUGAAUGCCAAAAUGGUUCGACUAAUGAUGAAUGUGUUAGCAAGAAUCGAGCUAGAAUAUUAUCCGUCGACUACCUGCAUACCGCAGCGAAUGGAGUCUCCACUUGGCACCCCUUAGAUAAUUACAAACCCAAAUAAGAGCAAUUAUCAUUAAUGAUAACAAUAUGAUAAACGAAUUAUAACAUAAAUUCAUUUAAGGCUCUUUAAUUUACUGAUUAUUUUCGUACACAUUUUCAAAUGUUCUAUUAAAUUUUCAAGAAGAAAUGAAUUCUGUAAUCCUUAUUAACUGUUUGACUCACUUUAGCGUUAUUAUUAAGUAAUUAAUUAA